GGGUCCCAACAUGGCGGCCGCCUGGGCCGCAGGGCCCUCUUCUCCGGAGGCCGGGGCUGCCCGCCUGUUCCGGGUCCUGUGGCUACUCACGGUCACCGCGGGCCCGUGGGGGAGUGCCGCCGGCUCCGAGGAGCCGCUGAGGUGCGAUGACCUCAAGGUGGGACAAUACAUUUGUAAAGAUCCCCAAAUAAAUGAUGCUACUCAAGAACCAGUGAAUUGUACAAACUACACAGCUCAUGUUUCAUGUUUUCCAGCACCCAACAUAACUUGUAAGAAUUUCAGUGGUAAUGAAACACAUUUUACUGGAAAUGAAGUUGGCUUUUAUAAGCCCAUAUCUUGCCGAAAUGUAAAUGGCUAUUCAUACAAAGUGGCUGUCGCAUUAUCUCUCUUUCUGGGAUGGUUGGGAGCAGAUCGAUUUUACCUAGGAUACCCUGCCUUAGGCUUGUUAAAGUUUUGCACUGUAGGAUUUUGUGGAAUUGGGAGCCUAAUUGAUUUUGUUCUGAUUUCAAUGCAGAUUGUUGGACCUUCAGAUGGAAGUAGUUACAUUAUAGAUUAUUAUGGAACCAGACUUACAAGACUGAGUAUAACUAAUGAAACAUUUAGAAAAACACAAUUAUAUCCAUAGAUAUUUUUAAAAAAAAGAAAAAGCAUAGAACCUCCAUGGUGUCAGUAGUGAGUUCCAGGAAGUGAGUUUCCAGAUUCUCCUUCUUUCCUCACCUUCACAGGCCACUCUAUGGAUUCUGUAUGAUUUAUUUUUGUGUGUAUGUUCAUUUUCAACACUGAUAUUGUUGAAGUACAUUAUUCCUAGAAUUAUUUAAUAAGACUUCCUUUAAAAGCAGUGAACUACUCUUCUGAGGCUGUCUCUAUGAGAUGAGAGCUUAUCACUCUUAUACUGUGUAAUAUACAUAGGCAAGUUGCCACUUGUCAUUUUCACUUGUGAAAAAUAAAGAUAUAACUUAUA